AUGGCCUCCAAAUUUAAGGACUCACUGAAAAAAGCUUCGGAAGUGACGGGGGUUAUGACCCAGGGUCGAUGUGACGGUUACGAGUGGGUAUCCAGGUACAAAGUCUCCUACAGCAAGGAUGCCGUACAUUGGGACUACGUUCGGGAUAGGAAUAACAACUACAAGACAUGGUUUAAAAAUGUGUCAUUUGCUAAAAAAAGAGAAACAACAAUGAGAACAAUUGCAACAUGCAACUGCAACAUGCAACCGCAACAUGCAACUGCGAAGAUAACAAAUAGAAACGACGAAGAAGAACCAGAUAGAUGA